AUGAGAUGGAUAGAAACAGAAUAUGAGGGUAUGUUCCAAAUGUCCUGCGGGUUGAUUGCGUUUGCCGAGGAUUUGCCAAUCGUAAUCGUGGACAAGGAGGAGAAAGAAUUAAAACAUAAGACAGAAAUGGCCUACAGAAUGGUAAAAUCUAAAGUAAAAGAACUACGUUUAGAGCUAGCGGAGCAUAAAACACAGGCCGUGCUUCUACAGGACAGGCGCAAGAUAAAAGUCAUGACGCUAAAUUUAGAGCAAGGUGGACCUCCGGUGAGGACAACUGAAGAGAUCCGAUACCUAAGAGACGUCACUAAGAGAACUGACAAGACGUUCAACAACCUAAAAAGUAUAAUGUCAAACAUAGAAGUGCCAGGGUCGUCAGAUAGAAAAAUCAUAGCUACGGUGGCACUUUCCACACUGCUGUAUGGAUGCUACAGAAGUCUCCUGAGCAAAACAACCGGCAUGAUGUCGAUAGAUUUGAAAGUGCAGAAAAAAUGCCAGGUGUACGAAAGGGGGAAAGAUCACAGACAGGAAAUUGAAAACAAAAUAUGUAAAGAAUGGCAAAAUAGAUGGGAUAAAGCAGAAGGCGAAACAGCAGGAUGGACCAAAAAACUAAUUCCAGAUCUCCAGAAGUGGGUAAAUAGGAAGUGUGGCGAGACGAAGAACUACUAUGUGACACAGAUGCUUUCGGGACACGGGAACUUUGCGAAACAGACACAGAGAAUCGGCAAGAGCGAAACGAGCGAAUGCUGGUACGAGUGUGAGGAAGACGAUACAGCAGAGCACACACUUUUUGCGUGUGCAAAAUGA